UUUCUGAGCGGCGACGCUAAGGUGGGAAACGGUACGUUAGAUCACGGAAUUUGAAGUUAGUCGAAUAAUGGAAGAAUAGAAAGAAGCCGGUGGGUUAUGUCGUGUUAAUUGUCUCCGAAACUCGCUGUACUCUUCCGUUCGCAAGUUUUCACAUAUUUGUAAAAAAAAAAAAUACUACAGAAUGGAGCUAACCGACGAAAAUCUUUUAACGCUGAGCGCGUAUCUCAAGCAAACACUCGACCCCGACGUCAACGUCAGGCGACCCGCUGAAAAAUUUUUGGAAUCCGUCGAAGUGAACCAAAAUUAUCCCCUGCUAUUGCUUCAUCUGAUCGACAAGGCUGAAGUUGAUUUAGUCAUCAGAAUCACCGGCGCAGUCACAUUUAAAAACUACAUCAAACGGAACUGGAAAAUCGAUGACGAGACCGGAGAUCGCAUACACUCCGAAGAUCGCCUAGCUGUGAAACGAUUGAUAAUGAACCUGAUGCUUCACUCACCAGAAUCAAUCCAGAAACAGUUAUCGGAUGCUGUUUCCAUUAUCGGUAGACACGAUUUCCCUGAGAAAUGGCCAGAGCUCAUAGAUCAGAUGGUUGAAAAGUUUAAUACCGGUGACUUCCAUGUUAUAAACGGUGUUCUUCACACCGCUCACUCCCUAUUUAAGAGAUAUAGAUACGAAUUCAAGAGCCAGAGCCUUUGGACUGAGAUCAAAUUUGUACUCGAUCAGUUCGCCAAACCUUUGACUGAUCUUUUUUUGGCAACCAUGAAUCUUGCUCAAGUCCAUGCAAACAAUAUUGAAGCCUUGAAGGUUAUUUACAACUCCCUGGUCAUCCUGUGCAAAGUAUUUUAUUCAUUGAAUUUUCAGGACUUGCCUGAAUACUUUGAGGACAACAUGAAUGCUUGGAUGACCAACUUUCACAUGCUACUUACUGUAGAUGUGCCAGCGUUGAAAACAGCGGAUGAUGAAGAAGCUGGUGUAAUUGAACAGUUGAAAUCUCAGGUAUGCGACAAUGUCGGUCUAUAUGCCCAAAAGUACGACGAAGAAUUCCAGCCGUUCUUGCCCCAGUUUGUUACCGCAAUUUGGAAUCUCCUCACGUCGACUGGACAACAACCAAAAUUCGAUUCGCUGGUAUCUAAUGCUCUACAAUUUUUGGCCACAGUCGCCGAUCGCGCACAGUACAGGCAUUUGUUUGAGAAUCCGACAACUUUAGGAAGUAUAUGUGAAAAAGUGAUCAUACCGAACAUGGAGUUUAGAGAAUCUGACCAUGAAUUAUUUGAGGAUAACCCAGAAGAAUACAUAAGACGUGAUAUUGAGGGUAGCGAUGUUGACACGAGGCGACGUGCUGCCUGCGACCUCGUGAAAGUGCUGUCAAAAUAUUUUGAAGCAAAAAUUAUGGAGAUUUUCGGAUCCUACAUUCAGGUAAUGCUGCAAAAUUAUGCUGAAAAACCAACAGAAAAUUGGCGUAGCAAGGAUGCGGCACUGUACUUGGUCACGAGCAGUGCUAGCAAGGGUCAAACCCAAAAGCAUGGAGUAACCCAGAGUAGCGAUUUGGUAUCGCUGCCCCAGUUUGCGGUUCAACAUAUCGAGCCAGAGCUAGCAAAACUGAAUGUUAACGAAGUUCCAGUUCUCAAAGCAGACGCAAUCAAAUUCAUAAUGAUCUUUAGGUCCGUGUUACCCAAGGAAUUGGUCAUCGGUAGUCUGCCUCAUUUAGUCAGACAUCUCACCGCUUCGAGUUCCGUUGUUCACAGUUACGCAGCUUGUGCUAUUGAGAAAAUACUCACUUUAAAGGGACCUGACGGAGCUCUUUUAGUCAAGGGAGAAGUGCUCGGAUCUCUGGCAGCUGAAUUGCUCAAGGGAUUGUUUGCUACUCUAGAGAUUCAAGGCUCGGAGGAAAAUGAAUACGCAAUGAAAGCUGUGAUGAGAACGUUUUUCAUUCUGCAAGAGAGAGUCGUACCGUUCCUAGGUGACUUGCUACCUAAACUGACGGAAAAGCUAACGAUUGUAGCGAGAAACCCUAGGAGACCGCAUUUCAAUCACUAUUUGUUCGAGACUCUAAGUUUAUCCAUAAAAAUUGUAUGCAAAACAAACCCAGCUGCUGUCGCUUCCUUUGAACAGGCUCUGUUUCCAGUUUUUCAAGGAAUCUUACAACAAGAUAUUCAGGAAUUCAUUCCCUACGUUUUUCAAAUUCUUUCCCUUCUACUCGAACUCCAAACAGCUCCGGACAUUCCGGAGCCUUACAUGGCGCUCUUCCCGUGUCUGCUAGCUCCUGUCCUUUUCGAACGCCAAGCCAAUAUCCAUCCACUGACCAGAUUACUUCAGGCAUUUGUGAGCCACGGUCCUCACCAAAUUAUCACCCAAAACAAGAUCAGCGGCUUGUUGGGUGUCUUCCAGAAACUAAUUGCAUCUAAGGCUAAUGACGAUGAAGGAUUUCAUCUGAUGCAAACGAUAAUAGAACAUUUUCCUCCAAAUGCGCUUGAGCCUUACAUGAAGCAAGUGUUUGUACUGCUUUUCCAAAGGCUAACAUCCUCAAAAACGACUAAAUAUGUGAAAGGUCUCAUCGUAUUUUUCGCAACGUACGCUGUCAAGUACGGAGCCAGUAAUUUGGUCGCAAUAAUCGACCAAAUUCAGCCACAGAUGUUUGGCAUGGUUGUAGACCGUGUGUUAAUUGCAGAUUUGCAAAAGGUAUCCGGUGAAUCUGAGAGAAAAAUUACAGCCGUCGGAAUAUCAAAUCUACUCACAGAUUGUCCAGAAAUGUUGAACAGUCCAUACGAUGCCUACUACCCUCGGCUAUUGGCUACUUUGGUGGAGUUCUUCGAGCUCCCUCAAGAUGAGAGCACUCUACCCGAGGAUCAGGCUUUCCCAGAGGUCGAAGAUGCUCCCGGGUACCAAGCAGCCUACAGCAGGCUUAUUUAUGCCGGGAAUCCUAAGAAUGAUCCGCUCCAAAGUAUCGGUGAUGUGCGGCUCUAUCUGGCACAAGGUCUUGGUAAACUAUCACCGGGCCAGCUUCCCGGUUUGCUUGGUCAGAUUCCAGAACCUAACGCUAAUCAUCUAAGGAAUUAUCUCCAAACAGCCGGUAUUGGCGUUGCAUAAUACGAUCCGAACGUACGAAAUAGGCUUAAAAUUUACCUAAUGGCUCGUAGUAUCAACAAUAUCGAGCUCAGCGAAUUUUAACACGAUGCAAUGAUGUUUUUCAGUUUUCUUAUUCUCGUUUUUUUUU